AGGAAGAGUCACUUCCGUGUGACGGAUGCAUUCUUGAAUGAGGAAAUGCGUUUCAAAGUGAGAAGUGAAUGCAAGCAUGAUAACACCAGUGAGCCCAGCCAGUGGGUGGAGGCCUCCCUUCUGCCAAAAGGUGUUCCAGGUACUGCUGCUGUUAACUUGAGCUGUGUUUGGCACAAUUUGGAGUACAUGGCUUGCACAUGGCAUCCUGGGGAGAAUGCAAGCAGUGAUACCAACUACACCUUGUUCUAUUGGUUUGAUGGCUUGGAAAGCCACAAGAAGUGCAGCAACUAUUCUAUACACCAAGGAAUUUUUGGCUGCGUUUUCAAUCUUAGCUUCCCCAAAGUCACCAAUACUUACCCAACUAUAAGUAUUUUGAUUAGAGAUGAUUCUGAAGACAUCAGGCCUGUGUGUGCCAGUAAAAACCCUACCACCCUGGUGAAACCUGCUACACCGAGACAAGUGACACUGUCAAAGGUUAAUGAUGAAAUAAAUGUCAAAUGGAGUGAAUCAGAAACCAUUCCAGAAAGUUGUUUAUCUUACGAAGUUAUAUAUUACUCUGGUGAUUUGGACGAGGCUUCACCAAUUAUAGUUGAAAAGAAUUCUGCAUCAAUUCCUAGCAUUGUUCCUAAUACCAAGUACACCAUCAAAGUGAGAGCAUAUCUAAAGCCUGAGUGUUACAGCACCAAGUUCUACAGUGACUGGAGUGAAGAAGCGAGCAUUGGUGAGAAUACAGACUCGACAUUGCAUUUUGUUUUAAUAAUCACCAUUCCAAUAAUAGUAGCAGUAUCUACAAUAAUUCUACUAGUUUAUCUAAAAAGGCUGAAGAUAUUAAUUCUUCCACCAAUUCCGGACCCUAGAGAAAUACUUAAGCGCAUGUUUGGAGAGCAGAAUGAGGAUUCCCAGAGCUGUGCAAAGGAUGAGUCUUUUGUGAAUGCUUAUGACAAGUUAAUUAUGGAAGAAGAAAUUCAUUCUUUAAUUUUAACAGAGACUUCAGAGAGCAUCAAUUCUGAAAAUGAAAACAGAUAA